UGCAAGUACGAUUAAACACGUUUAUAUUCCUUAAUACUACUUUGGUGUUUAAUAAACUUUUCGUCACAAAUCCCAAUCCGUGUUUCUGCAUACCUGUUAUUUGUUAAUUGUAAUAUAAUAGUACAGUUUCUCCCAAUCUCUCUCUCUCUCCCCGAAACAUUUUUUGCUUCUGGAAUCUCCGAACCAUCUGAUUUCCUAAGUAAACAUUUUCUUUUCUUUAUUAGGGUUACGUCCAAACAGUUCAAAAUUCCUAUUUUCAAACUCUAUACCUCAAUAACAUACUUAAAUUUUUUAGCUAUUCAGAAGGUAUAAUCAGCGAUUGAAGUUUCUGCGGAUUUUUACUUCUUCUCGAAGUAAAGAUGAGAGCAGUAGUACGCGCUGGACGACAUAUUCGUUGUGUUUCUUCCAUUCAAGAAAGAGAGUUACUAAAAACUGGGGUAAGGAGACAUAUAAGCAGUGAGGUUCAGGGUUCUAAUUACAAGCUUUUACGGAAAGACGAGCAUGAUAGAGGAGUCUUGUAUUCUUAUUUGGUUUCAAGAGCUUUGUCCAGCCCUGCUGCCAAACACACUUCUGGAGUGGAAGGAGGACGAGGGGGUCCCUUUGUAGAGUAUGAAAGACGAAUUGCUGCAGGCGAGUUAAUGGAUGGUGAUAGUUGUCAGGUAGGCACCUUAAAAGAACUUCAGAGACUCUAUGAUCAGCUUGUUGAUUCAGCUAAUGCCUGUAAAUUGGAUAAAUACGAAGCUUCUGAUAAAAUAGGGAGGAGCAGGUGGUUUUGGUCUCGUUUAAUACCGCAAUCUUCAGUUUCACCCGUCAAAGGGCUUUAUCUCUAUGGAGGAGUCGGCACUGGAAAAACCAUGUUGAUGGACUUGUUCUAUGACCAAUUGCCAUCCAACUGGAGGAAAAAGAGAAUUCAUUUUCACGACUUCAUGUUGACUGUGCAUAGCCGCCUACAAAAGCACAAGGGUGUGGCAGACCCUCUUGAAGUUGUUGCAGGAGAGAUAGCAGAUGAGUCAAUUUUAUUAUGUCUUGAUGAAUUUAUGGUAACUGAUGUUGCUGACGCGUUAAUAUUGAACCGUCUUUUCAAACAUCUAUUCGAUAAUGGCGUUAUUCUUGUUGCCACAUCAAAUCGUGCUCCAGACAGCCUGUAUGAAUGUGGUCUGCAGAGGGAUCUUUUCUUGCCGUUUAUUGCAACUUUGAAGGAAAGAUGCGUAUCUCACGAAAUUGGUUCUGCUGUAGACUACCGGAAAUUGACUUCGGCUCAGUUAGGCUUUUACUUCGUUGGAAAAGAGUUGUCAGCCUUUCUUAAAGAAAAGUUCCAAGAGUUGAUUGGGGAACAUUCAGCCAGUCCACAAGAGGUGGAAGUUGUUAUGGGGAGAAAGUUGCAGGUUCCACUAGGAACUAAUGGAUGUGCAUACUUUCCAUUUGAAUAUCUCUGUGACAGACCUCUUGGAGCUGCAGACUAUUUUGGAUUAUGUAAGAAUUUUCAUACUCUGGCAUUGGAUGGUGUGCCAAUUUUUGGGCUCCAUAACAAGACGGCAGCAUAUCGGUUUGUUACCCUAGUUGAUGUUAUGUAUGAGAAUAAAGCAAGGUUGUUGUGCACAGCAGAGGGUACUCCAAUGGAACUUCUUCAAAAAGUUGUUACAAUAUCCGAUGCUCAGCACAUGGCGCCUAGAACCUCUUCGAGGUCAAAGAAAAAUGAUGAUUCUGAACUUUGUGUUGACAAUGAAUUGGGAUUCGCAAAAGAUCGUACAAUCAGUAGGUUAACAGAGAUGAAUAGUAAAGAGUAUUUGGAGCAGCAUGCAUCCAUGUUGGCAGAUCGACAACAAGCCUCAGAGGUGAAUACAAUGGAGGAAUUGAUACAAGCAUGAUAUUACUAGAUAAGAGGCAUCUUCUGAGCUUCUAACUUACUAAUUAGAAAACGGGACCGUUUCUCUUUCCAUUGUACAAGCCAAUUCUCCUAUUUAAAAUGAUUAGCAUUAUAAAGAGGCAGAUAUACGUAUGCAGAAGAAAGAAAGAACACUGUUGAUCAUGAGGCUGUAAUAUAACAUGCCUCGGGCUCUUUAAUAAAUCUGAUAAAAAGAAUUUGUUGUUUUCUUGUCUA